AACACAAAAUCGAAGUGCAACCCCCCUAUUUAACACACAUAAACUGUAAUUUCAUAUUUAAAGCCCUGCAGCCGGGUUAGCAGACGCCGGGUAAUCUGCUAAUUAGCCACCUAGCUCGUUAGCGUUGUGCAAAAACCGCAAGCUCCUGUUGUUUACAGUAAACUAUCACAAACAUAAUCUGCAAUUUACUGCUUUUUCGCCAAGCAGUUUUGGAGUAGUUUGCCUACUGACGUCGUCCUAUAACAGAUCCUAUAUAUAAGGUACGUUAUUUUGUUUAAUAUACAGUCUUUUGUAUUUGCUUGACACAGAACAAUACAGGUAAAUAUCUCUACUUUCAUGCAGGCUUCUUAAACAAUUCAUGCAACAAUGUGAGAAAGAAAACUGGCCAAAUAAAGCAGCUGCAAGCUUUCUAUUGGAUUAUUUAAAGUUUGCACACAAAUGUAAACAAAUCUGACUGAGUGUGUUUCAUGGUUAGGUGUUUAAUUGCAGGCUGUCACUUAAAUUGUAAUCAUAAUGCCAUGCUGUUGUCCUAGGGUCACUUUGAAUUAAUAAUCCAGGACAUAGCUUUACAUAGACAUUAUGCAUGAGAGCAUGUGACUUUUUGACCUGCUGAGACAUAUCAGCCAUUCAUUUAUGAUUGAUGACCUUUGUGCAGUCUCCAUUUUUCCACUAUCAUCACUACGUCAAGUCGUAAAUCACAGCCUAGGUGGUUUGUAUUUAACCACUCAUGUAACCUGCUGGGAAAAGGGACGCCGAAGUGUUUUUAAGCAGCACUUUAUUUUAAAUGGGAACAUGAGGAGCGAGCGGUCUAGAACCUGCAUCCAAGUAGCUUGAAGAUCCGAUCUGAGCACAACAGGGAAUCCCCCCCCCCCCCCCCCCCCCCUCGCCCCUUCCCCACAUUGUGUGCACUCAAAAAGAAAACACACUGUGGAGGAAUGAGAUGAAGGCGAUGAUGACAGCGAUGGGGAUGAUGAUGAUGAUAAAAGAGGACCAGUGACAGUGUUGAUCCCGCACCAGGAAGCAGAGGUCGCAGACAUGAGUCUCCGCCAGCCCACCUCUACGCUGGACAGCCCUUUUGCUGCUUGGCUCAGCAGUCUGACCAUCGGGGACUCGGAGCGCAAAUCCUCUGCCACCCAGCAGAGGGAGCCAUUGGUUGACUAUCCUGUUGAUAGUACGGGUCCUGGUCUUGUGCAGAGAUGCGUGGUGGUGCAGAAGGACCAGCUCGGCUUCGGCUUCACAGUGUGUGGAGAGAGAGUGAAGCUCGUGCAGAAUGUCCGAUCAGGUGGUGCAGCAGUCAAGGCGGGGGUCCAAGAAGGAGACCGGAUCAUAAAGGUGAACGGUCAGCUGGUGUCCUCCAUGUCCCAUCAGGAGGUGGUGAAGCUCAUCAAAUCUGGAACCUACGUAGCCCUGACACUUCAAGGACCGCCCCCUUCAUCUGCCUCCUUGCCCCUCGAGCCCCUCUCCACUGACCUCACAUCCAAUCAAAGAACGUCUCUAGGCGGGGAAGCUCCGCCCCCUCCGCCUCCACCUUUGCCCUCUGGACUGAGCAGCACACCUUCCCAAAGAAUCACAGGACCCAAACCACUACAGGACCCAGAAGUACAGAAACAUGCCACUCAGAUACUCAGGAAAAUGCUGGAGCAGGAAGAGGCUGAACUUCAGGACCUGCUGGAGGAGCAGUCGAGGAACCCGUCUCCAUCUCUGGAGGAGCGGAUUGAAAGUGCCAAAAGGAGAGCCAACCAAGUCAGGGUUAAGAUUCAGCAAGAUCUGGAGGGAACGCGAUCAGAAUGUACAACCAGCUACGUCAUAGCAGGAGAAGGUCGACUAUCAAUGGACUCGAGUGAAGGAGACGUGGAGGGCUUUGAGAGUCCCCACUCCUCCCCCUCAUCCUCCUUCCGGAUCCCCCAACACAGGCGGCAGAACUCCGACACACACACCCUGUCUGACCUGGGUGGAAAGGCUCAGAUCAUCGGCCCAGAGGAAGAGGAUGAAGAAGACGACGGCUAUGCAUUUAAUGAGAUGGACGGUCCGUUUCAGGACAUCGAGCUGCUCAAGUCACGACCUGCGCACAUGACCGUGUUCAUGAGAUACAUCUUCACGCAGCUUCUGGACCCCAACCCUCUGCUGUUUUACCUGUCGGUGGAGGCCUACCUGGGCUCCAGUCCUAAAGACGCACGCACACUCGCACCUCAGAUCUGCUCCCACUUCCUGGACCCUGAUGCUCCCCUGAAAAUCAAAGUGCGAGAGGAGUAUCUCACAGAUAUCGAGAGUCGACUUCACGCUCAGGAGGACAUCAGAGGACCUCUGUCCGAGCUGCAGCAGCAAGUGCUGCCUGACAUCCAGGACCAGAUCCAGGACUACAGGAACAAACAGAUGAUGGGCCUCGGCUCUCUGUUUGGAGAGGGAGACCUGCAGCACCUGGACGGGGACCCGUUGAAAGAGAGGCAGGUGGUGGACAGACAGGUCACCGCCCUCUGGGAAAUACUAUCAAAGCACGAAGAGGACAGAAGUUCUCCGCUGGCGUCGGCCGUGCUCCUCUACCUGCGGCACUCGGGCAUCAAGCUGAGAGACUCCAAGGUGUUCCCCGGUCUGAGCACAGAGAAGGAGAAAUGGCUCGCCUUCUUAAAGACCAAAAAGCUGAGUGGUAUCAAGAAGGAUAAAGAUGGAGAGGAUAAAAAGAGAAACCCUAUCCUGAAGUACAUCGGCAAACCCAGGACCACAUCCCAGUCGACAUUCCAUGUCCCCUUGUCUCCCACCGAAGUCCGUCCGGGCAGCGUGAGGAAUAUCAUUCAGCAGUUUGAGAACAACACGGAGACGGGCGAGGAGGGAGGGGACGCCGCCGCCGACCCCCAGAGGCUCUCCACCAGCAGCCUGGGAGAAGACAGCAUGGACAGCCCCACCAUCUCCGUGCGCCUGGCUCGUAGCGAGUCGCUGAAGGCUCAAGGAGAAGGCCGCCGGCGAGGCGUCACCUCGGGCACCGAGUCGGUCCCUCGCUCCCGGAGCGACGUGGACAUGGAGGACUGCGGCGAGGAGAGGGAGGGGCCCGGGCUCCGGCCGCUGCAGCACAGCACGUCGUCGUCUGCAUCCAGCAGCUCUGCACGGUCUCUAGAGAACCCUACACCCCCAUACACCCCUCGGUCGAGACGCAGGAGUGUAGACUCACCGUUGGCACUGCUGCCGGACGCUGUGGCGUUAGAGGAGGAGGCGUGCGACAGUCAGAACUGGCAGGACACGGUCCCCGCUCAGCUCCUCGCCACCCUCAGUGCGAGGGAGGUGGACAGACAGGCCGUCAUCUACGAGCUCUUCACCACCGAGGCGUCUCACCUGCGGACCUUGAGGGUCUUGGAUCAGGUCUUCUUCCAGAAGAUGAGGUCCGUGCUGAACUCUGAAGAGCUCGCCUGCAUCUUCCCGAACCUGCCCCAAGUCUAUGAACUCCACGCAAAUCUGUGUGAGGCGAUGAAGAAGAGAAGAGAAACACCCACCGUUCAGGACAUCGGGGACGUCAUGCUGGCCAGGUUUGAAGGUGCAGCUGGAGACGAGUUUCAGGAACAGGCGUCCCAGCUGUGCAGCCAGCAGACUCAGGCUCUGGAGCUCAUCAAGAACAAAAAACGCAAAGAUCCUCGUUUUGCACACAUCAUCCAGGAGUGUGAAGCGAGUCCUCACUGCCGCCGGCUGCAGCUGAAGGACCUGCUGGUGUCGGAGAUGCAGAGGCUCACAAAGUACCCUCUGCUGCUCGACAACAUCAUCAAACACACAGAGGCCGGCUCGUCAGACCUCCCCUCUCUGCAAAGCGCCCAGGCGUGUUGCAGAGGGAUACUGCAGGCGGUAAACGAGGUCGUCAGGGUAACGGAACACCGGCAACGCCUCAGCCAGUACCAACGCAGGCUGGACGCCGCCCCUCAGUUUAAGAGUCUCGACCUCACCACAAAGAGAAUGAUUCAUGAAGGUCCUCUCACGUGGAAAGUCAGCAAAGACAAGCAGAUAGAGAUCCAAGCGCUGCUGCUGUCAGACUGCCUGGUCCUCCUGCAGCGGGGCCCCGACGAUCGGCUGCAGCUCAGGUAUCCCUCCCGCUGGCUGGGUGGAGGCGGCGGGGGCGGCGGGGACAGCAAGACCUCCUUCAGCCCUCUGGUGAAGCUGGACUCGCUGCUGGUGCGCUUAGUAGCUACAGACAACAAAGCCCUUUACGUCAUCAGCACCACCGAGAGGCAGAUCUAUGAGCUGGUGGCCGGGACGUCGUCGGAGAAAAACACCUGGAAAGAUUUACUUGAAAAGACCAUCUCAUCAUCUGGAGGAUCAUCACCUCUGAUCAAUCACGGAUCCAUACGUCUCUCUUCCCCCAGUCUAGGCAGUGCGUCUCCAGUGUCAACUGGGAGCAAUGUCUUUGCAGAUAACUCUAUGACAGAGCAGUCGGAUUCAAUGGAGACCCAUUCGUCGAGCGACGACAUCGCACUCUCAGCGGCCGCUCCUUCCAACGCGUCGGAGAGAAAAACAGCUGGAGUGGCGGAGGCGGCUUUACAAGACGUGGAAACACUACGGCAGCUCAUCAUACGAGACCUCGAAGAGGACGGCUGGAGCCACGAUUCGGACGACACGCCCACCAACGAGAUGGGGAACCAGAGGAACUCCUUCACCGAAAGACAGCGGCCCGAGUCCCUGGAGACCGUGCUCAACUUCAGCACCGGCGAAUGGGAGGCUGAGCCCGAAGAGGCCCCGCCCCCGGAGGCGGAGCAAUCCAGCGUUCAGGUCGUGAGGAAAGCUGUGGUUGCGGGUCCUUCUUCUUCUUCUUCUGUCCCUGACGACAUCACUGAUGAUGUCGCCGACCAAUCAUCCAAGCCGAGAGGCGGGGCCACGACGCAGGGAAACACUUUCUACCUGGUCAUGCCGACGGAGCAAGGUGAGAGCGUCACCGACGAGGCCGAAGACCCUCCCACCCCCGUCGCCACCCCCCACUUCCCUCAGCCGCCGGAGGAAGCGAUGCCCCCGCAGGCACUGCCGAAGGAGGAGACGCCCACCUGCGACCCGGAGGCCGACCGAUCGGAGGCUAUGCAAUUAGAACGGGACGAGGAGGAAGACGCGGGCCAAUCGCAGGCGGGGCACCCGAGCCACGUGAUCAAAAAUGUGGACGAGAUUUUUCACACAAUCGAGGGGUUGAUGAGCAAGUUACGCCAGCUGAAGGAAAUAGAGAAGGCCCAUCACAAGCUUCUGAAGACCCUCACAGAGCCGCCUGUCAAUCAAGAGUCAGAGGAGCCACAGUGUCACUCUGCAUCCGUCUCCAGAACACCGUCUCUGGAUCGUGGCUCCAUAGACGGCAAAGAGGGCAGUCCAGCUGAGCCCAAGAUUCAGUCGACUGGAUUUUGAUGUACGGCGUGCAGAGCAGGUUCACUUGCAAUCGCUUAAAAAAGGACGCACACAAAACGUGUACCCGCUGUCAGACUCAGCCCCGUCUCCCCUCGUCCCUCCUCCCCUGCAUGCACUGACCAGUGGAACAGAAGCCCCCACCCCUCCCCCCCCCCACCCCCACCCCCAGAUGGACCACAACUCUUUGUUUUGUUUUGUUUGGAAGCUGGGCGGACGCACCGGGAUUUCUGAAGUCUGUAAAAACUUCAGAUUCUUCAGGAGCCACGAGAGAGGGUCCAGGACAAAGCGAGGGGGGGGGAGUGAUGAAGGAACACAACAAAAAGAAAAAAAGGCAAGACGACAAGUUGACUGGAGAAGAGGGAGAACAAAAAAAAAAGUUGGAAGUAUUGAAAGUGGAAAAAUGACCAAGUCGGAUAUUUUUUUGAAGGAAAAAUUGCGUUUUUAUGUGUCGCUGGUUUGAAGGAGCAGAAAAGUGUUGAAAUGUUAAUUUAAGGAAAAUCCAAGGGACCCAUCACCCCCUGCACUUUACCCACAAUGCAUCCCUCUGUCAUGUAUGUCCUCUAUGGAUGGAUCAGGGACUGGAGGUGCCACUGGCUUUAUGUGUGAGCCAAGAUGGCCUCCGUGGGGUCCCUUCCCCCCGCCCCCCUCCCCCUGCCCCGCCUCCACUGGUUGCUUUACACUGAGUUCACCUGCCACCACGGCCGAAGGACUGUGUUGUUAUAAUUCAGGUUAUUUGCACUGGGUAAGGAAACCAAUAUCACACACACACACACACACACACACACACACACACACACACACACAUAUCAUUUAACCAUCUCAUUCGUUUGUAUCCCCUUGAGUUAUCCACAUUGGGAACAGCCACUUUGACAUAUCCUUCAACCUUUUAAGCUACGAAAUGACUGAAAGAUUCAGUGCUACAUUUUGAUCAUUACAUUCUUCAUUUUGUUUUGUUUUUUGUCGUUGUUUUGAAGUUCUGGAAACACUACUGCGCUGUUUACUACUGAUAUGCUGGCCAGGUUGGUUUUUUUUUUUUCUUUCUUGUUUUUGUUGUUGCGCUGCUUCAGAGGCGUACAGGGAUUUAAAAAAAAAAAACAAGCUCAGUGGAUUCACACAUCCGAUCUGAUCAUGUCAAGUUUGGGAAAUUUAGGAUGUUUUUUUUUUUUUUUAAGGGGAAAAGUUCCAGACGCGAGGAGACUGGACAAAUACAGAUUCACACUCUUGAAACUUGAAUUUUUUUUCAUUGUUUUGUCGCUCAAUGAAACAGCUGCCAAAUAUCUCCGCUGACCUCGCCGGUCUUCACUUUUUAAGAGUCCAACGUGAAUCUUUUAGCGGAUUGUGUGUGAAUACGGCGAUGAAUACUGUGAACCAGCAACUUCUCCUCUCUCCCCAUCCGGUGGUCGUACCGUACACAGUGUUUAAAAAUCAAUGUAGCCCGACGCCCAAAGGACUGUGCUCUUUACCAAGUAGCUUUCCACAGAGAGAUCCCGCCUUCACUGGGAGAAAGGACAAAACUUAUAUCCACAUGGGCGACGUCGCUAAAUAACUGGUAUAUUUUCACACAAAUGCGUUUAAAGGAAUAGUUUCAUAUUUUGGAAUCACACUUAUGAGCAAAGACUGGUACCACUUUCAUUUUGUACCACAUACUGGUUAGCUUGGAUUUGCUUAGUGUGACUUCAAGACAGGAAACGAGAGACAUGAAAAAAGGGGGAAACACCCAACCUGGGCUUUUGUAAAAAAAAAUCGACCUACAGGCCGCUAAAAGGUUGCUAAUCAAGACGUUACUGUUCAUUAGCUCAACAAGUCUCUCGAAAAGCCGAGAAAUCUUCUAAACACAUGCAGAACCAUCAUUUUGUAUGUUCUAGUGGUUUUUUUUUUUUUAAAUCAAACAAACCAAAUGAGACUUAUCAGAGAUGGUUUUAGAGUCGCUGACAGUCACACUCGUAGCCUUUUAGACGGAGCCAUGCUAGCUGUUUCCCCCUGUUUUAAGUCUAAGUGACAAGCUAAGCUAACAUGCUACAGCGUCAUCUCAUCAAACACUAAAAAUGUCAAACUGUUUCUUAAAUUGGAGCGUAUGAUGGAGCGGUUUAAUAUCCUGUGCGUUCAGAAAUGUUCUUUUUUUUCCCCCUGCUGUCAUCGAGGCUGAUUAAUAAGCAAAGACUGACGCUAAAGCCAACGUGCUUCCUCCUUUAUUCAUCACACUGUUUCCCGCACACAUACCAGACAGAAACAUCUGGAAUAAGUGUUGCAAAGAGGAAUCCUCUUCCUGGACUGAAUCUGGUUUGAGCUGGUUUCAAAUACUAACCGAGGAGUUCUUUAGGGAGUCGCACAAACUUUUUUUUUUUUUUUUUUUUACCCGCUUCAGAAAUGACAACACACAACCCUAACAGAACCGAACCAGGAUCCAUGUACAUAUUGACACACUACAACAAGCCUCUGAAUCUACCACUAAAAAAAAACCAAUAAACCGGACGCCUGAUCCUCGGUUCUUUAACUCCUUACUCUCUGAAGUAGACACCACUAAGAAGUGUAACUUUCACAAACGAACAAAAAAAAAAGAAGGAAACUCUGAAAUCAAAGCUACUCACUGAUCAAUCAGGUCAGGUGAUCUAAGGGACUGAUUCUGUAUGAACUUGAGGAAUUUGUGCUAAAAAUGGGAAGAAAAAAAAAAAGGUCUACCAAAGUGAAAUGUCUCUCCUGUGGGAGUUGAAGGGAACAGUUUCUUUUUGAUUGUUUUUGUGUUCUCAACAUUUUGCCUGCUAAUUUUCAAGCAUCUCAACUAAGAUGUGUUCCCCCCCCCCCACAUAUAGUAAAAUACUGCUUUGUUUAUCACACUUAAGAAGUAAUAAGUCUAUCAUUUGACACAUAAACGUCCCUGUAUUUGAUUGAAUCAGAUUCUCCUCGAACUACAGCAUUUUUUCAUCUCCAAUUUCUACCUCUUCACUUCAGUUAUCUAUCUUCAACCUUAUUUUUUCCCCAGACUUUUAUCUUGUACAUUGACGUCAGCGUUGAGGCCCUAACCAGCCGUUUCAAAAAAAAAAAAAAAAAAACAAGCUCUAACUGAUUCCUUUUUUUUUUUUUGUUACAAAAAAGUUGCACAAACGAACUCCCCUGCACGGUGCAAACUACUGUAAGCAUACACACGUCUUUAACUAUCAUCUCGUUGUCUUUUAAUUUGUGUGUUUUUUUUUUUUUUUAAACAAUACAAAACAAAUCUCGUUCACUCAUGUAAUAUAGAGAGAUCAGACCCACUUGUUUUAUAUAUGUCCAUUUUCUUUCUGUAAAGCCUUAGUCCUCGUAUUUGAUUUUAUUUUUGUAGAUAUGAUUUUUAAAAAAAAAGGAUGUAUAAAUUAUUUUCUUCUCCCUUGUUUUUAAAAUUGGUGAGAUUGUUUAGCUGCACAGAUGGGAAAAAAAAGAGCUCAUGUCUCAGAUUCAUGUGUUUUGUGAGAUUAAAAAAAGAAACUGGAUAAAGAAAA